AUGGACGCGAAGAGCUUGAUGGUCAAGAUGAUGCGCAUGAUGAAGAGCAUGAGUAAGGACAUGAAGGAUGCGAGGAAGGAUUCGGAGGAAGCGAAGGCAAUCGCGCUUCAAGCGAAGCUUGCAGCACAGAUGGCCGAACAGGCGGUUGAGGGCGUGAAGACCACAGUCAAGCAGACGAGUGACGAGAUGAAGGCUAUCAAGAAGGACGUGGAGCAGAUGAAGGUUGGUCCAGGCAUGUUUGCCAAGGCCGGCAUCACGAGGAUCGCGGAGGCCACGCAGAGCAUCGUGAGGGACCUCCGGGAGCUGCAGGUGAUCGCCACGGGCUUGAAGGACCCAGAGGACGAGGAGGAGGUCAUUAAGCAGGUCAAGGACAUGGUGGAUGGAUUGGGAAUGGGAAACAAAUACACAAGCAUCGGUGUCUUCACAGACCCCUCAAAGAUCGGCGUGGUGAAUUUCAAGUCGAUUGCAUCAAAAAUCGGGUUUCUGAAGAAAGCCAAUAUAUCAUCAACACAGUGGGGGAAUGGGGAAACGAUGCGUUUCAAAGCCAAUGACACCAUCGAAAAAAGAACGGUGGACAAGGAGCUUGGGAUGAUCAAGUGCUACCUGCAUGAGAAGCACGACCACGCACUCGAGGACAUUGUGAUCAAGUGGCACGCCCGGGUCGUGGAGCUCAAGGGGGUGAAAGUGGCUUGGGAGGAGGAUGCGAAAGGGAUUGUGUAUGGAGGGGCAGGGCUUGCUGUCAAAGCGUCCGUCACAGGCUACAUGAAAGCGUGGCGUGAGAAGAGGAAUUUGGACGAUGAUCUUUGA